AUGAUAACUCUGUUUGUGAUAUUCAUAACUAUUGUAGCUUUAUACUAUUAUAAUACUAGAACAUUCAAAUAUUGGGAAAAGAGAGGCGUCAAACAUGACAAGCCAAUUGUCUUCUUUGGGAACAACAUUGAAGGAUUCUUCAUACGCAAAAGCAAAGUGCAACUCACAACGGAGUUGUACAACAAAUAUCCCAACGAGAAGGUAGUUGGUUUCUAUAGAGGAACAAGGCCGGAGCUGAUAAUCAGAGACCCGGAACUAGUGAAACGUGUGCUCGUUACUGACUUUGGUAACUUUUUUUACCGUGGAUUUGUGCCGAACAGGUAUGUAAUAGAACCGGUUCUGCGCAAUUUGUUUUCAGCUGAAGGUGACUUGUGGAAGAUGCUGAGAAUCCGGAUGAGCCCAACGUUCACGAGUGGUAAAUUAAAAGCCAUGUUCCCUUUGAUCGUGGAGCGUGCUUUGAAACUGCAGUCGCGGAUCGAAGAAGUUAUUUCCACUGGGAAAAGUACGGAUUCAAGAGAGUUGAUGGCGAGGUAUGCUACUGACUUCAUUGGAGCCUGUGGUUUUGGAUUAGACUCUGACAGUCUGAAUGAAGAAAAUUCUGAUUUCCGAAAACUUGGACGUAAAAUAUUUGCGCCUGGUAUAGUCGAUGCUAUUGUCGCCGUUUUAAAGGAUAUGUUCCCAGAAUUAUGUAAGGAUCUGAAAUUCUUUUAUAGAAUUGAAGCGGAUGCACAAACUCUAGCACUGGACAUUCAAAAGGCUAGAAAUUAUGAACCAAUCGGAAGAAAUGAUUUUGUUGAUAUGAUGCUUGCUAUCAAAAAGCAAGGAGCCAUAGAAAUUGAGUCCAUUGAAAAAACAAAACCAGACGGGACCUCAGAAUUAGUAUCAAUACAGUUUGACGAUGACAUAUUCAUGGCACAGUUAAUAGUUUUCUUCGCAGCUGGAUUUGAAACGUCAUCAUCUUCUUCCAGUAUGACGUUACAUUAUUUGUCUUAUCAUCCAGAAGAACAAGUGAAAGUUCACGAAGAUAUUGACAGAGUUUUAAAUAAAUAUGAUAACAAACUAUGUUAUGAUGCACUAAAAGAAAUGACAUACUUGGAAAUGGCGUUUAAAGAAGCAAUGCGGUUAUUUCCACCUCUUGGCUACGUCUCCAGACAGUGUUCUAAGAAUUAUGUUUUUGAAGAAUUGGGUUUGAUUUUAGAAAAAGACAUUAACGUUAUGAUUCCAAUUGAGGGUUUACAGAAUGAUCCUAAAUACUGGGACAAUCCUGAAGAGUUUCGGCCACAGAGGUUUCAUCCAGACAACGAGAAGUACAUUAAAGAUGUAUAUUUGCCUUUCGGUAUUGGUCCAAGGAAUUGUGUCGGAAGUCGUCUUGGUCUCAUACAAGCUAUGGCCGGCCUGACUGCAGUCCUGUCCAAGUUCAGAGUGGAACCAGCCCCAGACUCUGUAUAUCACCCUGUGAUAAACCCAAGGUCUGAAAUAGCCCAGGGUAUAGUCGGAGGUUUACCACUUAUGUUCUAUGAAAGAAACUGAAAU